AUACAAAUGCAUUCAAAGGUCAUUUGCAAAUAUUGCUUUUUUUUGUAACAAUGUUUAAUAAUGCAAAGCAACCUUUAAAAGGAUAGAAUUUCAUCAGCUAUUUUUCUGUUUUUUCUGCCAUGGUUGAAGUGGCUACAUUAUGACUGACUAACCCAUGUUGCCAACCAAUGUCUUUGAGAAACUGCCAGAUAGAAGAAGAGUAACAUAAAAAAAGGAUUCACUCAAAUUAGAAAAUGACUGUAGCAUCUCAGUGAGUGGUAUGCCAAGGUCCAUUUUGGUAGAAAGGUUGUAGACUUCCAUGAUGAUUUCAUGAUGGCUUCUACUGUGCAUUGCUAGGGACCAUGGUUUAUAGGUAGCCUGACCUCACUGCUGCAAGAAUGGAAAGCCAGACAUCUAGAUCUGGUGGCUACUAGUUUGAUGAAUGUGAUUACUUGGUAACCCAGGAAUGAGAGAACUAUUCUGGUGCAAUGAGAGACAGAUACUGAGGGUCCUUUCAUGCCUGUGGCCAUUUGUACUUGAAUAUCCAAUCUCUCUGUAAUUUUGAAAGCAAUUUAAUGUCAAAUUGAGAAACUGAAAGAAUGUGUUGCACUUAGAAGCCCUCAGAGUUUGAUGUAAUCACUGCCUGCUCUCAUAAAGCUGCGUAUUUCUGAUCAUGGUAGUUUGAAAUCACUGCAGAAAGAUAGUUGUUAAGGUAGAUAGAUGCACAUACAUGUCCCAGAGGACAAUUUACCACUUAUGGUGGUACUGUUAAAUGUUUCGGUUAAAUCUCUUGGGGAUUUUUUUUUAAUUGUGUUUGUUAAAAGGAUAAGUAAGGGAAUAUGAUGAUAAUUGUUUAAAAAAAAUAAUUAGUGGCUACAUCAAAAAAGAGUAAUGAAUCAGAACAAAAUCACUUAUGCCUUAGAUGAAAUAUAAAAGAUCAACAUGCAAAAAAAAAAAGUGUUAGUAUUAUGAAUGUGAUCUCAGAUAGUAUAAUAGAAAAAAAAAUUGAAAGUGAUCACAAAAAAGUUACAGGAAAUAUUGACAAUGGAGUUAACUUGUCAAGUACUGUGGGCAGAGCAUUUCCAAUCACAGGGUGAAAAUUCCAGUUUCUGCUGCUGGGAUUUGAGUCAAGUCACUCAAGCAUUCUGAGCUGAUGGCCUGAGCUGUGCACCCAGUGAAAUUGAAGUCAUUUUCUGUGUUGUCACAGAUUUAGUGUGAGCAUCUAAUAUAUUUCUGCAUGAAGCUCAUUAGAAUUUCAAUCAUCCUUGGGAUGUCAGGUAAUAGGAUUUUUAAAUGAUAGAUUCUGCCCUCUUAGGAUUUUACUCUUUAUCUGAGGAAAUAGAAAAUAAUUGAGUUUCUCUUCUACUGAUAGAGGAAAGGUGAAAUAAAUAUGUGGGUUUGUGCAUCUCUGUGAGCACAUGCCUGCAUGGAUGCAUGCAUGUGUGCAUGUGUAGUGUCUGUAUUUGUUUUGUUCUUUAUUGUGUUUUUUUUCUCAGAAAGAGAGAUCAGACUUGAAAUGAAGGAACAUACUACAGAGCAAAGCCUUUCAGUGGUAGAAUCUCUCAAGCUAAGAUUCAUCAGUGAUGGUCCUGCUAACUUCACUUGGCAAGAGAUCUGUAAUGAACCUGAGAAGAUCCACAUUGGAGAGAAAUCUAAUGACCAUAACCAAAGUGGAAAGGCUUUCACAGAAAGUAGAGCUCUUACUAGACAUUUACAGAGAAUUCACGCUGGAGAGAAACAUUAUGAAAUUAAACAGUGUGGAAAGGCUUUUACAAAUCAGAGAGCGUUUACUGUACAUCAGAGGACCCAUACUGGGGAAAAACCUUAUAAAUGUAACCUGUGUGGAAAGACUUUUACACAAAGGGGAGCUCUUACUGUACAUCAAAGAAUCCAUACUGGAGAGAAACCUUAUAAAUGUAAUCAGUGUGGAAAGACUUUUACACAAAGGGGAGCUCUUACUGUACAUCAGAGAAUCCACACUGGAGAGAAACCUUAUGAAUGUAACCUUUGUGGCAAGGCUUUUACAAAAAGGGAAUCUCUUACUGUACAUCAGAGGACCCACAAUGGGGAGAAACCUUAUAAAUGUAACCAAUGUGGAAAGGCUUUUACAAAAAGGGCAGCUCUCACUGGACAUCAGAGAAUCCAUACUGGGGAGAAACCUUAUAAAUGUAACCAAUGUGGAAAGGCUUUUCGAGAAAGGGGAGCUCUUACUGUACAUCAGAGAAUCCACACUGGAGAAAACCCUUAUGCAUGUAAUCAAUGUGGAAAGACUUUCAAAUAUAAGCAUAAUCUUCCUGUCCAUCAGAGAAUCCACACUGGAGAGAAACCCUAUGAAUGUAACCAAUGUGGAAAGACUUUCAAAUAUAAGCAUAAUCUUCCUAUACAUCAGAGAAUCCACAAUGAAGAGAAACCUUAUGAAUGUAAUCAGUGUGGAAAGACUUUUACACAAAAGGUAACUCUUACUGCACAUCAGAGAAUCCACACUGGAGACAACCCUUAUGAAUGUAAUCAAUGUGGAAAGGCUUUUACAAAUCAGGGAGCUCUUACUGUACAUCAGAGAAUUCACACUGGGGAGAAACCUUAUGAAUGUAACCAAUGUGAAAAGACUUUCAGGAAAAAAGAAACUCUUAUUGUACAUCAGAGAAUCCACACUGAAGAGAAACCUUAUGAAUGUAACCAGUGUGGAAAGACUUUUAGGAAAAAGGAAAUUCUUACUGCACAUCAGAGGAUCCACACUGGAGAGAAACCUUAUGAAUGUAACCAAUGUGGAAAGACUUUUACACAAAAGGGAGCUCUUACUACACAUCAGAGAAUCCACACUGGAGAGAAACCUUAUAAAUGUAACCAGUGUGGAAAGGCUUUUACACAAAGAGGAGGUCUUACUGGACAUCAGAGAGUCCACACUGGAGAGAACCCUUAUAAAUGUAAUCAAUGUGGAAAGACUUUCAUAUAUAAGCAGAGUCUUUCUGUACAUCAGAGAAUCCACACUGAAGAGAAACCUUAUGAUUGUAAUCAGUGUGGAAAGGCUUUUACAAGAAGGCAAUCACUUACUGAACAUCACAGAAUCCACACUGGAGAGAAACCUUAUAAAUGUAGCCAAUGUGGAAAAACUUUUAGAAAACGGGGACCUCUUACUGUACAUCAGAGAAUCCACACUGGAGAGAAACCUUAUAAAUGUAACCAAUGUGGAAAGGCUUUUACAAAAAGGGAAUCUCUAACUGUACAUCAGAGAACCCACACCGGAGAGAAACCUUACAAAUGUAACCAGUGUGGAAAGGCUUUUAGAAAAAGGGCAUCUCUUACUGGACAUCAGAGAGUCCACACUGAAGAGAAACAUUAUGAAUAUAACCAGUGUGGAAACGCUUUUAUGUAAAAAUCUGAUUGGUUUUUACCAGUUCUGUGAGGAAAUGUAAAGGCAUUAAAAUAAGGAAGAAAAUUAAUUAGGGACAGAAUACUGGGAGAAGAUGAUAUGGUGCUGAUGCCUUCUAUACUUAGCCUUGUCUUGCUAUAACCCUGUUGGGAGGAUGAGGAAAGGAAAGUAAAAGUUGCCUUUGGGGAUAGCAGUUUCUUGGGCAUAUUGGAGCCUUCCUUUUCAUCUGGUCAUCUACUUAAAAGACAUCCUGAUGGAAUGGGAACAUCACUACUUUUGGAGUCAGAGGACAUGAGUUAACUUUCUGGUUCUGUACUUCUAUGGCCUUGGGAAUGUAAUUUAAUUUUGACGGUGCAUUCAGGUUAGAAUUAGUUCUCUUCCAUUUCUAAAUCCUUUGAGAAGCCAAAGAGGAGCUUGAAGAUGAACCCUACCCUUCAUUGCCAAUUCCUGGGUCCGCAGGCUCAGAUUAGGGCUAAUAAUUCAGGUGACAUCACUAAGCUCCCUGGAAGUGAUUGGCAGUUUGGAGACUCAGAAAAAUAUGGGAAAUUCUCAAACUAGAGCUUUGUUGAAUGAGGAAAUUUGCACAUCAUUCCUAUAAAUAACUUUAUGCAGCUUGUGAAACAGAUUUCUUGCCAUGUUCAGGCAAAAAAAAAUGUUUUUAUUAAGAUGCUUUAAGAAUGAAAGGUUUCCACUCUGAGGUUUCAGCUUAUAUCCAUCAAAUUGGUAGCGAUAACCCCCAAAGCUGAAAACAGUGGGGGGGGGGGGAACUAUAGAAUUAGAGGCACAAUAAUAUAAUGAAUGUAGCUAUGAAUUGGUCCAACUGUUCUGAAAAGCCGUUUGGUAUUAGGAUUUAUUGAAAUUUGACCAAAUGAUCAGACUUUGUGACACAGAGAUUUGGCUACAAGACUUGAACUCUAAGGAAUGAGGGAAGCAAAGGUUCUAGCUAUACUAAAGUAAUUCUUGCAGUGGCUUUUUUGUUAUGCUUUUUUUUUUUAAAUAGCAAAAUAAAAUGUAGGUACAAAAAAGAAACAAAAUAGGUAUUGUUUAGUUGUCUAAACAAAUUGUGGUAAUGAACAUAUUUGAAUGAUGUGACAUGAAAAACUGGAUAGGAAGAAUUCAGAGAAUCAUGGGGAUAUGGAAUUGAAGGGAGCAAAACCCAACAUUAGUGAUUCCCUCAAAUACCAGUGAUCUCUUCAAUUUGAACUCCCUUGCAACCAUGGAGAUGAAUGUCUGUGUCCAUCCUGUGUGUUUCUUGCCUAUUAUGUUUCAUAUAAAUUCACGGAGGAUCCAUCCAAUAUGAUGGAGUCCUUCCUUACUUUCUCCUACCACCUGAAGGGCACUUGUUCUGGCUAUCCAUCCCUCAGUGCUCUUCCUUGCCAUGUGUCCACCUCAUCUUCCCUUGUUCUACAAUUCUUUCAUGUGAAGUACGAGCAAUGUCAAUUAUCCCAACAGAGGACACCAAGAAAUUUCAGAAAAUGCUUUGAUCAGCACAUGACUCCCUUGACAAUUGGAGAGGCAACUGCCAAAGAUGAUACCAAUUGGACUACAAAUUAGCUUGUAAAAUCUUUUAAUUUUAUGAUCUCUUUAUGCUAUCAAUGGACAAACACAACUCUGAGUCCCUGGAAUCUCUCAUUCUCAAUAGUUUUAUACAUUAGGCAGAAAUGGGGGCCUUCACCAGUUGUCUGGAUUUAUCUUUUGCCCCUAGGCUGACUGAAGGACAGAGUGAGGCUGAUGAGUUUGCAGAAUUCUGCCUCACUUAAAUCCAACUCACUUGUAAAGCAAAACAUGAGCCUCUGAUGCCAUCAGGGCUCUAUGAGAACAAAGAGAUUUCAGAAAAACCUGGAAAGCCUCACAAGAACUGAUAUUGGAACCACAAGAACAUUGUAUACAGUAACAGCACUGUUGUGGAGACAAUCAGCCUUGAUGGACUUUGUUAUUCUAAGCAAACAGUGAUCUGAGACAAUUCCAAAAUAUCCAUGUUAUAAAACGUUGUCCACACCCAGAAGAAGAACUAUAGAGUCUGAAUAUGGCAUGAACAUACUAUUUUCACUUUGAUUUUGUUUUUCAUUUUUUCCUUUCACAUUUCUUUCCCCUUUUGUUCUGAUUCAUCUUUCACAAUAUGACUAAUGUGGAAAUAUGCUUAAUAUGUUUGUCUAUGUAUAACCUAUAUUAAAUUGCUUGUUUUCUUGGGAAGGGACAGGGAAUAGAAAGAAGGUGAAAAUUUUCCAACAUAAAUCUUACCAAAAUGAGUGUUGAAAACUAUCUGUACCUCUGAUUAUAAAUAAGUGUGGGGAGGGUAAGGAAUAAUAUAAGUUUUAAAAAAUCAAUUGGAAACUGAAAAGAUCAAAGAACAAAUCAGGAAAAAAAUAAAUUCAUUUUUAAAAAUGGCUGAGAAAUGAGCAGAACCAAGAGAUCAUUAUAUACUUCAACAACAAUACUAUAUGAUGAUCAAUUCUGAUGUACGUGGCCAUCUCCAGCAAUGAGAUGAACCAAAUCAGUUCCAAUGGAGGAGUAAUGAAUUGAACCAGCUACACCGAGGGAAAGAACUCUGGGAGAUGACUAUGAACCACUACAUAGAAUUCCCAAUCCCUGUAUUUUUGUCCACCUGCAUUUUUGAUUUUCUUCACAGACUAAUUGUACACUAUUUCAAAGUCCAAUUCUUUUUGUACAGCAAAAUAACUGUUUGGACAUGUAUACUUAUAUUGUAUUUAAUUUAUACUUUAAUAUAUUUAACAUGUAUUGAUUAACCUGCCAUCUGGGGGAGGGGAUGGGGGGAAGGAGGGCAAAAAUUGGAACAAAACGUUUGGCAAUUUCAAUGCUGUAAAAUUGCACAUGCAUAUAACUUGUAAAGAAAAAGCUAUUAAAAAAUUAAAUUUAAAAAUGA